CCCCGUUCUGGAAGCAUCCCGCGCCCAUCCCGGUCUGUCCCACUCGGCCCGGCCAUGCCCGAGAGCGUGCCCGGCAGAGCCCCCGGCGGGGCCGGCAACAAGGCCAAGGGCGCCUACCAGGACCGCGAUAAGCCCGCCCAGAUCCGCUUCAGCAACAUCGCCGCCGGCAAAGCUGUUGCUGAUGCAAUUAGAACGAGUCUUGGACCAAAGGGAAUGGAUAAAAUGAUUCAGGAUGCUAAGGGAGAUGUGACAAUCACUAACGAUGGUGCCACUAUCCUGAAACAAAUGCAGGUUCUGCACCCUGCAGCCAAAAUGUUAGUAGAGUUGUCAAAAGCACAAGAUAUUGAAGCUGGUGAUGGCACAACCUCUGUUGUUGUCAUUGCUGGAGCUCUUUUGGAUGCCUGUUCCAGACUCCUUCAGAAAGGAAUUCACCCCACCAUCAUUUCAGAGUCAUUCCAGAAGGCUCUGGAUAAAGGUAUUGAGGUGCUGACCAACAUGGCCCAGCCUGUGGAGCUCAGUGACAGGGAGACCCUGCUGAACAGUGCAACAACUUCCCUCAACUCCAAGGUUGUGUGUCAGUAUUCCAGUUUACUUUCUCCAAUGAGUGUGGAUGCAGUGAUGAAGGUGAUUGACCCAAGUACAGCCAAUAGUGUGGACCUCAGAGAUAUUAAAAUUGUUAAGAAGUUGGGAGGCACAAUUGAUGACUGUGAACUGGUUGAGGGACUUGUCCUGACUCAGAAGGUGGCGAAUACCGGCGUAACCAGAGUGGAAAAAGCCAAAAUUGGCCUCAUUCAGUUCUGCUUGUCUGCUCCAAAGACAGAUAUGGACAACCAGAUCGUUGUUUCUGACUAUGCCCAAAUGGACAGAGUGCUGCGUGAGGAGAGAGCCUACAUCCUGAACCUGGUGAAGCAGAUCAAGAAGGCUGGGUGCAAUGUGCUGCUCAUUCAGAAGUCCAUCCUGCGGGAUGCUCUCAGUGACCUGGCCCUCCAUUUUCUGAACAAAGUUAAGAUCAUGGUGGUUAAAGACAUCGAAAGAGAGGACAUUGAGUUCAUAUGUAAGACAAUUGGAACUAAACCUGUGGCUCAUAUUGACCAGUUCACCCCUGACAUGCUGGGCUCUGCUGAGCUGGCAGAGGAGGUCAACUUGAACGGUUCUGGGAAACUAAUAAAGAUUACAGGCUGCACAAACCCUGGGAAAACUGUGAGCAUUGUGGUCCGUGGAUCCAACAAACUUGUCCUGGAGGAAGCAGAGCGCUCCAUUCAUGAUGCCCUGUGUGUCAUAAGGUGCUUAGUGAAGAAAAGGGCUUUGAUCGCUGGUGGUGGAGCCCCCGAGAUUGAGCUGGCACUGCGGCUGAACGAGUACGCACGGACACUGAAGGGAAUGGAGUCCUACUGUGUCCGUGCCUAUGGGGAUGCACUUGAGGUCAUUCCCUCCACCCUGGCUGAGAAUGCAGGGCUCAAUCCCAUCUCCACGGUCACAGAGCUCAGAAACAGGCAUGCCCAAGGAGAGAAAACAGCUGGCAUUAAUGUCAGAAAGGACAAGAAACAUCUCGCAUCUCUACAAAAGUGUUUCAGCUACAAUAGAUCUAUUUAGAAUGAUCCAUCCAGUAGGAUCUGCAGUGGAAGGUGGUCAUAAGAUGGGAGUAGCACCACAGCUUUUUCUCAGCUGGUACUGUUGACCUUUUCUGUUGGCUGAUUUUGACUGGAUAUGUCAAAUGCUUGGGGAGAGAAGAUAUGUGCUGUAAUGCCCCUGUUGCAGGUGAAAGCCCUGUGAUAGUCUAGGAGCUGACUGCCCUCAGGGUUCUGCUAAAAGAAAAUGUGCUAAAUGUGACUGUCUUGCACAGUCACAAAGUGAAUGCUCCUUGUCC